AUGACAGCAUCGGAUACUCCAAGUGGGGACAUUUUGACAGAAACGUCGAAUGGCAGCUCAGUCGAGAAUACAACGGAGGAUGAAUCUGUGAAGCAGACCGACGGAGAUAGGAAGAGGAAGAUGGAUGAAACCGAGAUCAGCGGAGGCAAUCACGUCGAUGAUUGUGUUUCACCCAGCAAGAUGCAGAAAUCUCAAUUUGUCUGUCUACCAUUUUCAGAGUUCAAUGUUCAGAACAACUUUAGCGAGGACAUGCAAGUGUUGAAGUCUAUGUGGUUCAGCAAGAUUUCGGGGUCGGCUCACCAAGACAUUCUUGAAUCUUUCUACUCCCCUCAGGCUAAGCUCUACGAUGGGUAUCGCUCCAGAAUGCUCCAUGCAAGGCCUCCGAUGAUGAAGAACCUUUCGAUUGUAUGGGUUGAUCUUGGGGGCGGGACUGGGUCUUCUGUCGAGUACAUGUCCAAUGCGCUAGAUGAAGGCUGGUUCUCCAGCGUCGUUGUCCUAGAUCUCUGUCCUUCUUUGCACAAGAUUGCUGAGGAAAGGGCAAAGAAAUGGCCGGGAAUCGUCAAAGCUGUCCUUGGGGAUGCGUGCAACCAGAACGAAGAGGGUCUUCCACCAGCUGGAUCGUGUGACCUUGUGACUUUCAGCUAUUCUCUGGUCAUGAUACCUGAUUGGAAGGGUGCAAUCGCCAAUGCACUCCGCUUGCUCCGUCCUGGGGGUAGAUUGUGCGUUUGUGACUUCACCGUCCUGCCGCAGAAAGGACAGUGGACAGUGACACAGGAAAUGUGGAAACGGAUCUUCGCCAGGGAUCACGUCCACCUCAGUGACGAGCAUCUGAAAUAUCUAAAGAGCGUUACAGAGCCAGAGAAGGAAGACUGUGGCUUUGGCUCCUUUCCUUACGUUCCCCUACUCAAGGCGGGAUGGUACUGGUAUGUUGGCAAGAAACCAGAGGACGCUGAUGUAAACCCGACGGGCCAGUGA